GGAAUUGUAAACAGACGGAAGACCGGUAUGUGUUUAGAAGUUCGUUAGAUAAACACGAUCGGUUCGAUUUAUGGUGUUUUUAUUGAUCUUUGUAUGUAGUAAAAAUAAAUACUGAUUAAUAUGGAAAGCGAAAAAACUGCUCAGUGGAAGGAAAUCCUGAAAAGAAGACUCGCCUCGGCUAAAACAGAUACGAGGAGUAAAGACGAGAAGGAAGCCGAGGAGAUGGAGCUCUUCACCAGAUACUACACCGAGUGGAAGGGAGGAGGGAGCGGAGAGAGAACGUUCAAACACAUCCCACGCUUCUACUACAGGCUCCCUGCGGAGGAUGAAGUUCUGCUACAGAAGCUGAGGGAAGAGUCGAGAGCCGUGUUCCUGCAGAGGAAGAGCCGAGAACUGCUGGAUAACGAAGAGCUCCAGAACCUGUGGUUUCUUCUCGACAAGCACCAGGUUCCCCCGACCACCGGAGACGAGGCCAUGAUCGACUACGAGAGCUUCCUGAAAGUGGGAGAGAGCGCCGGAGCGAAGUGCGAGUCGUUCUUCACCGCCAGAGUUUACGCCAAGCUGCUUCUCAACGAUCCGUACGGGCGCAUCUCCAUCAUGCAGUUCUUCAACUACGUCAUGAGGAAAGUCUGGCUGCAUCAGACGCGUAUCGGUCUGAGUCUGUACGACGUGGCGGGUCAGGGCUUCCUGCGCGAGUCUGACCUGGAGAACUACAUCCUGGAGCUGAUCCCCACCCUGCCUCAGCUGGACGGGCUGGAGAAAUCCUUCUACUCCUUUUACGUCUGCACCGCCGUCCGCAAGUUCUUCUUCUUCCUCGACCCCCUCAGAACAGGGAAGAUUAAGAUUCAGGACAUCCUGGCGUGCAGUUUCCUGGAUGAUCUUCUUGAGCUCAGAGAUGAAGAGCUUUCCAAAGAGAGUCAAGAGUCCAACUGGUUCUCGGCUCCUUCUGCCCUCCGUGUUUACGGUCAGUACCUGAACCUGGAUAAGGAUCACAACGGGAUGCUGAGUAAAGACGAGCUGUCUCGCUACGGAACAGGAACCUUGACCACUGUUUUCCUGGACCGGGUUUACCAGGAGUGUCUCACCUACGAUGGUGAAAUGGACUAUAAGACGUACCUGGACUUCGUUCUGGCUCUGGAGAACCGGAAGGAACCUGCGGCGCUGCAGUACAUCUUCAAACUGCUGGACAUGGAGAACAAGGGCUACCUCAACGUCUUCGCCCUCCACUACUUCUUCAGGGCCAUUCAGGAGCAGAUGAAGAUCCAUGGGCAGGAGCCAGUGUCCUUCCAGGACGUCAAAGAUGAAAUCUUCGACAUGGUGAAGCCCAUAGAUCCGUACAAGCUCACGCUGCAGGAUCUGGUGAACAGCGGGCAGGGCGACACGGUCACCAGCAUCCUCAUCGACCUGAAUGGCUUCUGGACCUACGAGAACAGGGAGGUUCUGGUCACCACCGACGAGAACAACGCCGCAGAUCUGGAGGACACAUGACGUUCACCAUGUCCAAAUACUCUCUCCUGGAGAUAAACAGACUUGUAUUAGGUACCUGUAGGUCCUAGUGACUGAUCAAGGGUCAGACUGGCCAAAAGUAUGUGGACACCAAUCCCAGUUAUUGAGUAGCUCACAAGGAACUCUGUAGCUGCACAAAACCUGGACCUCGGUUCCUUAAGUCAGAGCCACGCCCUUCUCAUCCAUGUUUAUAUUCAUUAAGGUUAAGAGGUUAAGAGCUUUAUAGUCAUAACAGUGGUGCAUUGUGGGGGUUAGAACCUUUCUGUGCCCAUGCUGAUUCCUUUGGGUGUCGGGUUGGGUCCAGGUCUUGGUGGGUCGGUUAAAAGGUUAGCAUAGGAUGUCCAGCAAGCUCAUUAUCAGGCGUCCACAUACUUUUGUUCAUACAUUAGAGCUCAAGACUCUCAUGAGGUACCUGAAACAAACCUGGAGGAGUGUGAGGAGCGGAGACUGUCUGAGUUUCAACAGUUUAUUGAGUAAGUUUCUAUACAAAAAGGUGAAAAGUGUAAAUAAAUAAUAAAAUUUUUCAAACAGA